CUCCCCCUCAUCGCUAUCUCAGCCUCAGGCCCGCACCCGGCCCUCUCCAUCCCCAAAUUCCGAUGGCCUCGGCUCCGCACGACGACGCGGCCAAGGGCAGGAACGCUGCGCCGCCGGAAAAACGCACCAGCGCAACUAUCACGGAAGCCGAUAUUCGCGCCGAGUUCGCGCACCACGACGGCACCGUAGCCCGCGUCAACAACGGCACCUUCGGCUGCUGCCCGGCGUCGGUCCUCGCGGCGAGGGCGCGGUGGCAACGGCUUUUUCUCUCUCAGCCCGACGCGUUCUACUUCGACUCUCUCCAGCCGGGGCUCGCCCGCUCGCGUGCCGCCGUGGCGUCCGCCGUCGGGGCGGGUGACGCCUCCGAGGUCUCCCUCGUCGACAACGCUACCACGGCCGCGGCCAUCAUCAUGCAGCACGUGGCCUGGAGCUUCGCGGAGGGCGCCUUCGCACGCGGCGACGUGGUGCUCAUGCUCCACUACACCUACAGCUCCGUCAAGAAGUCCAUCCACGCGUACGUGGUCCGCGCGGGGGCCACCGUCGUCGAGGUGCCGCUCCCGUUCCCCGUCGCCUCGGCGGUCGCCGUCGUCGCCGAGUUCCGUGCCGCGCUCGCGCUCGCCCAGGCUGGGGGCCGCAGAGUCCGCCUCGCCGUCAUCGACCACAUCACCUCGAUGCCCAGCGUCCUCCUCCCCGUGAAGGAGCUCGUCGCCAUCUGCCGCGAGGAGGGCGUGGACAAGGUCUUCGUCGACGGGGCGCACGCCAUCGGCCAGGUGCCCAUCGACGUGCGCGACAUCGGCGCCGACUUCUACACCAGCAACCUCCACAAGUGGUUCUUCUGCCCUUCCGCCGUGGCCUUCCUGCACAUCCGCAAGGAUGACCCCGUAGCCUCGCAGCUCCACCACCCCGUCGUGUCUAGCGAGUACGGCAACGGGCUGCCCAUGGAGAGCGCCUGGAUCGGGGUGCGGGAUUACAGUGCCCAGCUCGUUGUGCCUGAUGCCGUUGACUUCAUGAGACGGUUCGAGGGCGGCAUCGAGACGAUAAGCAAACGGAACCAUGAGAAGGUGAUCGAGAUGGGCACGAUGCUCGCCGAGGCUUGGGGGACGUUUCUUGGCUCGCCGCCGGAAAUGUGCGGAAGCAUGGCUAUGGUCGGGCUGCCAGGUUGCCUUGGCAUUGAGAGCGAUGAUGAUGCGAUGAGAGUGAGGGACAUGCUGAGGAACGAAUUCAAGGUCGAGGUGCCAAUAUUCAACAACUCAAGAAGUGUUGAGGAAGGACAAGAGAUGGCCAAGGGCGAUCAAGUGACAGGGUACGUGAGAAUCUCACAUCAGGUUUACAAUGUCACGGAGGAGUAUGAGGUCUUGAGAGAUGCCGUAGGCAAGCUUGUUCUUGAUGGUUUCUCCUGCACCAAGCUGAGACCUUCUGAGAAGGUUAUUUCUAACUGAAACUGUUAUUACGCUUAAUUACAAUGUCUUUACCUUUGUUCACUCACUUCAAUUUCUUGAUGAAAGUAUGAACUGCUGUAGCAUGUUAUCUGCUGACUACUCGUUCUUGUAGACUCUAGUCUGUAAUGAAACACGUUUUUACUGUACCGCAUGUCCAUUUACAUUUAUAUAUGUGUUGUUGGUGUGUUUAUCUACGUCGUUGGCCUACU